AUGGUGGCGUUUAAAUGGGACAAACUAAUAUUUGAUAGCCUGUACUUUGAUCUAAGACUCUCUUGGAUUAGUCCUCUCAUUGAUAGAACCAAGAAUCACUAUUUCUUGUCUUUUUUAUUGGUUGAUGAUUGGUUAUUUCGUUUUGUUAGUACUGAGGUGAUUGGUGAUAUUUGCUCUGUUCAGACCCCAACUGAUAGAAGAGAAAUAGACCGUCUGACACGUGUACUACAAGAAAGGGAAAGGGAACUAGAGGAGGAGAGAAGAGAAAAGGAACAAGUUAGAAACAGACUACAGCAACAACUUGAAGGAAGAGAACGACAACUUGAACAAGCACAGCAACAAGGACAAGAAAGAGAGAGGGAAAUUCAAGAUCUUCAACGACAGCUUCAACAAAAAGAGAGGGAAUUAGAGCAACAAAGACAAGAAAAAGAUAGGGAAAUUCAACAGGCCAGGGAACAAGAGCAGAAUCUUCAACGACAGCUUCAAGAAAGAGAGCAACAACUUCAGAGGGAAAUUCAACAGGGUGGGGAAAGAGAGAGGCAGGCUGGGGAAAGAGAACAGGGUCUUCAACGACAGCUUCAACAAGCUCAGCAGCAGCUUCAGGAAAGUCAAGAAAGAGAGAGAGGCCUAGAGCAGCAACUAAGAGAGAGAGAUAGACUAGAGAGAGAGUCUUCCUGGGUAGUUAGCAGAAAUGAUAUUAGAAUGACAGAAAGGAUUCUAGGGAGAGGAGGAUGGGGAGAGGUCAGAGUAGCUCGUUUCCAUGGACUGGAAGUUGCUGCAAAGGUACUUCAUGAGACCAUCAUAUCAGAAUAUAACGUGUCACUGUUCUCUCGGGAAAUGAAUAUUGCUUCUAAAAUACGUCAUCCUAACCUCCUUCAGUUCAUUGGAGCGACUACAGAGGGUAAUCCAAUCAUCCUGACAGAGCUAAUGCCGACCAGCCUAAGAAAGGAAUUAGAGAGUGUAGGACUGGCCUAUCCUGAACUAUUGCGCAUCAGUUUAGAUGUAGCCUGUGCUCUCAAUUACCUUCAUCUCUUCAAGCCUCAUCCUAUACUACAUAGAGAUGUCAGCAGUGCUAAUGUACUCCUUCAGGGAAAUGGGUUUGGAGGUUUUAGGGCUAAAGUAUCUGAUUAUGGAUCAGCUAAUCUUCAGCAUCUUAUAAUUAGGUCAGUCAAUCCUGGUGGCCCACUUUAUGCAGCACCUGAAGCAGCCAAUCCAAAGGAACACUCUCCUUCAAUGGAUGUGUUCAGUUAUGGUGUCCUCCUUCUAGAGAUGAUAACACGACGUAUUCCUCUACCAGAAGAGAGAGUAGGUCUUAUUGAUGGUAUUAGAAGAGCCUCGUUUAGGUCUCUUGUUCAACGCUGCCUGAUAGUUGAGUAUAGACACCGUCCAACAAUGAAUGAUAUUAUAACUGAACUAAAUGACACUAUUUAAUGCUAACCUGUUUAAUUGUAGUUUUGAA